AUGACUCUCAAGCUGUACGGCUUCGUUCACUCCACCUGCACCCGUCGUGUGCGCACCGCCCUAGCCGAGAAAGGGCUGGACGUGGAAAUCGUCCCCGUCGACCUGGCCCAGGGCGAGCAGAAGACCUCCUCUUAUCUGAACGAUCUUCAGCCGUUUGGCAAGGUGCCCGUGCUGCAGGAUACUGAGACUGGCAUCCAGAUCUAUGAAAGUCGCGCCAUCGCUCAAUACAUUGCUACCAAGUACCGCGGCCAGGGCACUGACUUGGCUCCUCCUGAGUCGGAUCUGAAGGCCUUUGCCUAUUAUCAGCAGGCUCUCUCCAUCGAGCAAUCCUACUUCGACCCCCUCGUUUCCCAAAUCGCCUACGAAAAGGUCUUCAAAGCCCGCAAGGGUCACGGCCAGACCGACGAAGCCCGCGUGCAAUCCCUCUUCUCCCAACUGGAGCUCACCCUUGAAGGUUACGAGCGGGUCUUGUCGAAGCAGCCCUACCUAGCCGGGCAGCAGCUUACACUGGCGGAUUUGGCUCAUUUGCCGUACGGAGUCUUCAUUGAGCAAUUUGGAUUCACGGAUGUGGUGAGCAAGUUCCCGCAUGUGCAGAAGUGGUGGGAGGGAUUGAAGGCUAGGGAGAGUUGGAAGAAGGUCACGGCGUAA